CUUCUUUUUGCUAUCGAAGGUAAUGAUAAUUAAUAGAGCACAAAGGGUUUCGACAAAUCAUGGAAUCAUCAAGACCGCUGGUCCUCGAGCCUUUCGGAGUGUUGCACCCAAUCCUUCAAAAGCUGCCAGAAUUUCUAGUGCGAAGGCUGAUCCGCCGCGGUGUGGCAACGCAGCUGCGCUACUUGUAUGGAUUGUCCGCUGAAGAGCAGCUCCAGGGCCUUGUUAAUUUCGUCCAGAAUGCCAAGAAAAUGCCCGUCAUGGAAGCAGGGGGCUCUUUCCGGGACGAGCUUUACGAUGUUGACUUCUUCAAACUCCUGCUUGGAAAGCAUCUCAAGUACAGCUGCUUGCUUUAUGAGGAUCCUUCGUUCACGGACGAGCAAGCUGAGGAAGCCAUGUUUAAGCUGUGCUGCGACAGAGCACGCAUCCAGGACGGGCAGCGUAUCUUGGAUCUUGGAGGCGGCUAUGGCGGACUGGCUAUGUAUACCGCGCAGAAGUUUCCUUCAUGCCAGAUUACUUCCAUAGCCGAUUCAAGAGUCCAAACGGAGCACAUCCAAGAGGAAUGCAGAAAAAGAGGCCUGGUAAACGUUGAGGCGAUUGAUUGCGACAUAACAAGCACCAAAAUCACACAGACUUUCGAUAGGAUCUUCUGCAUUGGCGUUUUCGAGCACAUGAUAAACUAUCAAAAGUUUAUGAAGAUAGUGUCUGAUCUUACGAGCGAAGGAGGUCUCCUCUUCGUGGAACAUGUCUGCCACAAGCUAUUCGCGUACCGCACGACAACGGGCAACAGGAUGCUGGCAGACGCAUUGCCAUUGUAUUUCCAGGACGAUUUUGUGAUACUGGAUCAUUGGCGAGUAAAUGGAACCCAUCAAGGACGAUCUUGUGAAGCCUGGAUGAGAAAUCUGGAUGCCAAAUUCGACCAAGUUAGCGCCUUGUUUGCAAAGGCUUAUGGGGAGGACAAUGCAAGCAAGAGACUGGCAGGCUUUAAAUCAAACCUCCUCGUGGGCGCGGAAAUGUUCAGCUACAACAAUGGACAGGAAUGGUUUGUUUCGCACAAGCUCUUCCAAAAGAGAGCCUAAUUUCUACGCACUUAGACAUGGUUUGCAAACAAUAUAAUUCCUAUCAAGAUUUUA